AUGGAAUGUAACAAGGAUGAAGCUAGAAGGGCAAUAGAUAUCGCUGAGAGGAAGCUUUCACAGUAUGAUUACAAUGGAGCGAAGAAAUUUGUUACCAAGGCUCAGAAUUUGUAUCCAAACCUUGAUGGUUUGAAACAAGUGUUGUUGAUGAUCGAUGUUUAUAUCUCCGCAACAAACAAGAUCAACGGAGAAGCUGAUUGGUAUGGAAUUCUCGGUGUAGAUCCUAUAGCUAAUGAUGAAGCUGUGAAGAAACGUUACAAGAAGUUAGCUCUUUUGCUUCAUCCUGAUAAAAACAAGUUUAAAGGCGCAGAAGGAGCGUUUAAGCUGGUUUCACAAGCUUGGUGUGUGUUAUCUGAUAAGGUUAACAGAAUUGUUUAUGAUCAAAAGAGGAAGUCGAAAGAAGCGAAUACCGGGAUGCAGAAACCACCAACAAACCCACAAAAGCCUGCUUCUCAUAAUGGGAAUCAAAAUGCUGGAGGUUGUAUGGAUCCGAGUGCUGCGGCUACAAGUGAUAAGCCUGCUAGUGGGAUGCCAAAACCGGUAAAUCCAAACAAGCCAGCAUCUUCUAAUGGGCUGCAUCAAAAUGCUAGAGACUGUGUGGAUCUGAGCGCUAAAAGUAAUGAAGACAGUAUAUUGUUUUGGACAAUGUGCAAUGGAUGCAAGACACAAUGUUCAUAUCUGAUGGUUUAUCUUUACAAGGCCAUACUUUGUCCAAAAUGUGGUCAGACUUUCAUUGCAACUGAGAUAACUCCAUGUGCAAGUGUUGUGAGGCCAGCCAACAUUUCAUCAUCUCCUCAACAACAACACCAUUAUAGUGCCCAAAUUAAAGCAACAAACAGAAGCACUAAUGGAGCUUUGUCUUCUGGGAGCAAUUCUUCUCCAUCUGCUAGUGCUGCAGCUCAGAAAACUCCACAAGUAAGUGCCUCUUCUUCAGGGAGAGUUUAUUCACCAUCUGUUAGUGCAACCGCGAAAACUCCACAGGUAAGUGUUUUAAGGCCUGUCAUCGACCUUUCAUCAUCCCCUGAAGUACAACAACAACAAAAACAACAAUGGAGCGCCAAAAACAUAAGUGGUGGUACUUAUUCACAGAUUUUUGCUUCAUCAUCUGCUAGUGCUGCAGCUCAGAAAACUCCACAAGCAAGUGCCUCUUCUUCAGGGAGAUUUUAUUCACCAUCUGUUAGUGCAACCGCGAGAACUCCCCAGGUAAGUGUUUUGAGGCCUGUCAUCAACCUUUCAUCAUCUCCUGAAGUACAACAACAAUGGAGCGCCCAAAACAUAAGUGGUGGUACUUAUUCACAGAGUUUUGCUUCAUCAUCUGCUAGUGCUGCAGCUCAGAAAACUCCACAAGCAAGUGCCUCUUCAGGAAGAGUUUAUUCACCAUCUGUUAGUGCAACCGCGAAAACUCCACAGGCAAGUGUUUUGAGGCCUGUCAUAAACCUCUCAUCAUCUCCUGAAGUACAACAACAAUGGAGUGCCCAAAACAUAAGUGGUGGUACUUCUUCACAGAGUUUUGCUUCAUCAUCUGCUAGUGCAGCUCAGAAAACCCCACAAGCAAGUGCCUCUUCUUCAGGAAGAGUUUAUUCACCAUCUAUUAGUGCAACCGCGAAAACUCCACAGGUAAGUGUUUUGAGGCCAAUCGUCAACCUCUCAUCAUCUCCUCAACUACAACAACAAUGGAGCGCCCAAAACACAAGUGCUGGUACUUAUUCACAGAGUUUUGCUUCAUCAUCUGUUAGUGCAGCUCAGAAAACUCCACAAGCAAGUGCCUCUUCUUUAGGAAGAGUUUCUUCACCAUCUGUUAGUGCCACUGCGAAAACUCCACAGGCAAGUGCUGUGCAGCCAGUCGUCAACCUCUCAUCAUCUACUCAAGUACAACAACAACAACAAUGGAGCGCCCAAAACACAAGUGGUGAUACAUAUUCACAGAGUUUUGCUUCAUCAUCUGUUAGUUACACCUAUAGUUAUCAAUGGAGUUGUUCAGUAUCAGUAACGGCCAAUUCUAGUAGCGGAAAUGCCGUAAAUCAAGGACAAGAAAGUUCGAAAAGAGUACAUGAGGUGUCACAAGAAACGGUUGCUGCUGCAGAAAAGGUACUUAAGAAGCCGAGGAGGCGAGGACAGAAGAUAGAUAAGAAGUAA